AUGGGCCUCAAAAGCAUACAACUAUGUUAAUGCUGCAUUCACAUGCUCCUCGGAUGUCAUUCUCCCGUCUUCAGUGUGUUCAUGUGUGACGCGUCAGUGUUUCUGGGCAAAACUUGGAAAAUUCAAGUCAAAUGUCAAAGUCAGAGCAACUUUGGGAAAAUGGGACCAUACAAGGAGCACGUGAAUGCAGCAUUAUCUCUCCAAUUUUCCGAGUUGUUGUUCCGACUUGAGGAGGUGCAUUCAAGUGAGCUAUUUGUGGCUGAAAUUUAGCCUUGAGUGUCACUCCACGAGCAUUUCAAACACAAUUCCUAAGAACACGUUCAGCAUGACGUUAUGUGGCGAUGAAUGCCAAGGAUCACAAAACACUCGCAGCACUAUAUCAGAACUAAACGCGUGACUGAUUGGGUGCCAGAUAACUAUUCCAGCGGAUUCUAUCUUAAACAGAUAUCUAAAUGCCAAAACACAGAAGGUAUUUGGGUCCUUUUGUGUUAUCUUCUAGUGACCUGAUUUAUUUACAAUAUGUUUGUUUUGUAUAUUUACUUACUUCUUUUCAGACGUGGAGAACAAGAGAAACAAAGGGUAGGGAUGUCUCUUGACAGAUAAUGUAGUUUUUGUCUGUCUUGUGAUAUGUUCCCUUGCUAUUUGCUUUGGUGUGUUUUCUAGUUAAUAUUUAGCUUUUAAAUGUCUUCCAUAUAACACCCCCCCCCCCGCCAAAAAAAGAGUUGUGUUCAUAAAAUUAACUUGACAAACGACGUUGUGAUGACAUUUACCUCAUAUUUCUACCUAAAGAUGUCUACUUGAAACUGCAGCUGAGAACCUGACUGACUUGUGACUGCAUACCAUUUAUAUACGUCACAAGUCAAAAGAAAAGGCUAUUUUGUCUGCAAAUCUCAGGUGCUCAUCAAUGUCAAAUAAUUAGCAAAUACCUUUCAUUUUUUCACCCUGCUCGUAGAGCUAGUUGUCUAACUUAAAGACCAGUCACUCGCACAAGUCUCAGUAAACUGACAAGAAAGACAACAGUGGGAGGGGAUUUCCUUUUUGUGACAUAAGAGGCCACUAUAUGAGCAGGCUGGUCUGGGUUUUGAGGUUAGUCUGCUUGGGACAUCAGCUUCAUAAACAUCUCGGCAAUGACAUCUGGUAACAUGGAUGUGAAGAAGGCAUCCAAUAAAAGAGUGUUCAUCAGUCUUCCGAAGAAACACUUCCCUGGUUUGGAAAAAUAUUAUGAACUGGACCAUGGACUGUUUGUAUCAGACCUGAUUCCCCACAUAAAUGAAGGAUACUUACAAGCCUACUUCAGGGAGUGGGGCACCGUCACAGCAUGCAAGAUUAGGAAGAAGCCAGACGUGACGGGAAAUAAGGCAGUGGCCUAUGUGAGGUUUGCUACCGAGGAGGAAGCAGAUCGAGCAGACUGGGCUGGUCCUCAUAACGUUGGAGGAGGCGAUGUGAUAGUGAAACGAGUUGUCAGCCCAAGGUUGGACGACAGCUCCGAUGAAGAGGUUUCAACAGUCUCUGCUAAGCCCCGACCACGACGCUCAUUAGGUAUGGGCUACAUCCUGGAGGACGCUCAGUGGUUAGAUGAUGAGUUGGAAUAAAUGAAUCAGCAAAUGCUGUGGAACUUGUAGGUCUUAAAGUAUGAUGUGGCUCCAUCCAUAAGAAGUGAAGAUACUCUGUAACCUUGAAGAUCGAAGGCACAAGAAUAUAUAAAACACACACAGACUCAAACGAACCACAAAACUCUGCAUCACACACAACAAAGUCCUACACCUGUUUGUUUAUCUGUUUACAUGUCCUUAAUGUGAGCUGCAGCGAUACACAAUUUUUGUUGUGAGGAUUUUCUUUGGUGGAUGAUAAAGUUUUAUUCAAUUGUAUGAGUGGUUGAUUUACAGAAACAGAGGAACUUACUUGUAUGUAAGCUGACUAUGAUUGUAAUUCAUGUUUUCAAAGGGCAAAGCUGUGUUAAUUGUUGUAUCAAAUCGACAUAUUAGAGCAUAGAUUUUAUGUUUUUUGCUCCCUCUGGACAGCCAAUUUUGGUGAAUGUAACAUGAUCUGCAUUUUAAAUAUUACACAACACCCUGCAGUUGCGUAAAUAAUAAAAUGAUUUUGACAGCUUCA